UUUGUUACACAUCUACUACCAAUCCAAAAAAAGGAAACUUGUAUAGAUUCUCAAGAACAAGAGGCAUUGUACAAAUUGGCUUUUAAAUCAAUUCAGAGAGUUGUCACUUGCAAUAAAUUAAGUAAUCGUGUACUUGUAAAAUAUUGUGUUCGUUUAUUCCCUCAUGUAAGACAACCAGCAGAUAAAAUGCUUCCAUUUGUAUGUAAUUUAGUUAAACUAGCAGAGCAAAGUAAUGAUGAAGAUACAAGAAUUGAAAUUUGGUCAUUAAUUAUUGAUAGAUUAUUACAAUUAGAUGCGGCGAUAACUGAUUUACAUGAUGAGGAAAGCAGAUUAAGUUUUUGCAAUAAUACUAAUGAUUCUUCAAAUAAUUGUUUUCCAAGUCCUGCAAAUAACUCGAAUAUUAUAAUAGAAUCAAUAGUUGAAGAAAAACAGCCAAUAGAAAAUCCAAUGGAAACAAAACUUGAUCAAUUUGUUGCGCUUAUUCUUUUAUUUGUUGGUACAAAAGGGGGAAAAUUAGCUGAAGAAGUUAUUCAACAAAUAAUUAAUAAAGAAACAGAUAAAAAUUUUGAAGGAUUAUUACGAUUCUUGAUUUCAAAAAUUGAAGAGGAGGAAAUUAAUAAUCAAAAUAAUAAUAAAAGAAAGAAAAAGCCUUUCUGCACAAUUUUUCAAUUAUUUCUUGAAGGAUUUGAUGAACACGUUUUAACAGCAACUGGAGUGCAUUCAACACCUUUUGUUUGGUUUUAUCUUUGCAGUCUUUCUAAUGAGAAUUGUCAAAAAAUGUUAGAAUUUUUGUGGGAAGUAAUUCGGACACCAAUUGAACGGGGGGAUUGGAGAAAAUCACAAAAUGCAGCUACUUUUUUGUGUGGAUUCUUGGCACGAGCAAAUUAUAUUGAUUUGGAAUUUGUUUGUUCCUGGAUAAAUACAAUAUCUAAUUGGUGUUUUAAUUAUAUUUUGGAAAAUUCAAAAAAUGAAAUUUCUAAAAGAAACAUUGCUGUUAACACAAAAAUGGUUCAACAUGGAAUUUUUUAUUCAACAGUACAAGCACUUUUAUUUGUUUUUUGUUAUCGUUAUGAAGAAUUAAAUAAAGAAGAAAAUAGUUUAAGCCAAUUUAAUUUAUGGAAUUUAGACAAAAUUGUUUUUAAUUCAUUAAAUCCUUUACAACAUAUUUCCCAAGGUGUUGCUUUGUGUUUUUUAAAUUUGGCUAGGUUAAUUAUUUGGAUUUUUGAAAAUAAAAAUUUAAUUUUUAGACGUUUUAAUUUAUUUGAGAAAAACACAGAUAAUUCAUCAUUAUCACCCAAAACAUCUACUCAUUCUAUGGCUGAAAUUUCAUUAAAACGUAGAAGGGCUGUUAUUGAUUUGUUUUUUCCUUUUAGUUUUUGUUCAUUAAAAAUGUAA